AUGUCGAAGGCGCCGCGCGGCCCCAGGAAGCCGGCGACGAGAGGCCCUUGGUCGACGGAGGAGGACGCCAAGCUGACGAACCACAUCGCCAAGCAUGGCCUCGGCCGCUGGAGCGACAUCCCCAGGCUAGCAGGCAUUGAGAGGGGCGGGAAGAGCUGCCGGCUGAGGUGGUUAAACUACCUCCGGCCGGACCUGAAGCGGGCCGCGCUCUCGCAGGAAGAGGAAGAUCUCAUCAUCCAACUCCAUUCCAUCAUAGGCAACAGCUGGACUCUGAUCGCGGCGUGCCUGCCGGGGCGGACGGACAACGGGGUCAAGAACUUCUGGAACGCCUCCAUCAAGCACAAGCUCCGCCGGCGUGGCAUCGACCCGGACACCCACGAGCCGGUGGUCGACGAGGGCAGCAGGAACGGCGACGCCCAGUACAUCCUGCCAUCCCACCUUGAGGCAGGUAGCAACGCGUGCAGCCAUGGAGCCCUGACGCUGCCGGACUCCAUCACUCGCUACGUGGACACGGACCCGCUGCAGCUCCAGCAUGGCGUUGUACUUGUACAGCCGGCGGUGUCGAGCUCCAGCACGGUGGGCUCUGACCCGUCCGGCUCCGGCUCCGACACCGGCGAGCAGUGGAACAACCUCGUAGACGGCAGUCAGCUGUUCGAUCUGACGGAGAGUAGCACUACUACUACUACCAAGUCGGGCACCACCAACCACGCCUGCUCCAUCGCCGACUGGAAGCUGGUUGGAGCUGCUCCGCGAGUACCUUGA